CCCACUAUCAUUCAAACUCCGCGAUCACAGCGACAUCAGACGCGUCGCCGACUGAUAUUUCGCGCCGCCGGUACUUGCGACCAUGGCGGCAUAAACACCAUCCAAAUUGAAGCGCGAUGGAGACCUCGGCGCCCAAAAGGCGUAGAACAUCACCGCGGACCGCGGUUCCCGUCCAUCCAGAGACCGAGUCGACGACACCCCGAGACGCCCCGCCUCGAGCAUCUGAACCGCCCAAUCGGCCCUCAUUUGCAUCGCCGACACGAGCGAGCCUCGGGCGGUUUAAUCCAGACAUUCUCAGGCGGCGAGAGAGCCAGCCUAGGAGGUUGCGAUCCUCUCCCGAUGCGGGCCCCUCGGCUUCGCGUGCCGCUACUCCUGAUAGUACCGGGGGGUUGACGCGAGCGCUGAGAACACAGCUUGACCUACGGUCUGGAGCGCGCGGUGGUGGAGUCCAAGUGGCUUCAGAAGCGGACAGUAUUGUGGAUUCACCGGCGGCACGGCUUGCCAAGUCUCCGGCGAGGCCGACUCCCAGACCGCUUCCGCCGCCUGCGCCCGAGCAUGACGAGGAAUUGUUGAGGGUGAUAUCCGGGCGUGGACUCUCCGGUGUGACGCCUGGGGUGCUCCCGGAAGUGACAGCUCCCGAGCCGGAGCUUCCACCCACUCCACAGCACCCUGACCCGGUGGUUAGCACUCCGCCAUCCGGCAUACACAACACGCCGUCGCGACGACCGAAGCGGAGCAGAGCAUUGGCCGAGAGACUCAAGAGUUCCUCGCCACUCAAGCGUCCGCCUUCACGGCCCAGAGAACUGCCCCAGAAGGGGGCGCCGGCGGACUUUGGCCUGCUGAGCAAGAAGACUCAGACUGGUGCUCCCGCGGCCCCCGCGCCAACCACAGCCGAGGUGCGUGGUCUAAGGCCAGCUGAUCCAGAUGCGGAGAAGAGACGGCUACGUGACUCACUGCUUGCCGAGAUCAGCCAGCUAGAAUGGGACUUGGAUGUCGCAAGCAAGGAGAGCGAAAGGAUCCGGCAGGCACGUUUGUCGAGACGAGAGCCACCUCCUCCCACUAACAAGCGUGAAAUCCUCGACCUCCUCCACCGUCACGCGCUUCCACCAGAGGACAGCAACCCCAAGCGCGAUCCCGUAGAAGACUGGCUCGCCUCGGCCCUCAACCCGAUCGCAUUCCUCCCGUUUAGCAAGCCCUCCCCGUCCGGCCCGCCCACUCUUCCACCGCUCAAAAAGGGCGAGGAUUCCGAAGAGCUGCCUCCUCCGGCCUCACACCACCCCCUUCCCAUGACGGCGGACGAAGCCCUCCCUUACCUCCAAGUUUUCACCCCGCUGACCUUCACCUCGCACGUCUCGCCAUUACCUCGGCCGGAUAAUGAGGGCCCCCUCCUCCAGAAGCACACCAUAGCCGCGUCUUCUACCUCCCCUCGCGGCUUAUUUACAGCGCGCAUCGAGAUGACGGUCAACACGAAAACCAUGGCCAUCACGGAGCUCGCGGUCCCCAGGCUCGAUCCCGCCGCCGAGGCGGAGCUGAGGCCGUUCGUGGACAGAAUAGUCGAGAAAGGAGAUGAGCGCGUCGCCAGUAGCGGUUUGUACAACAACAUCAGUGUGUUAUCCUGGGGCAUGGGCGAAUGGCUGCGUGUCGCAGUACAGCGAGCCAAGGUGUGGAUUGUGUUGGAGCGAGAGGUCAAUGAUAAGGAAGCCCUGCUGCAGAUGGUGGCGCGGCAAAGGUCGAGGAAGAAAACGCGGAGGAGGAGGAAGAGGCGGGUUAACCAACGUGAGGAUGGCGGUAGCGACGAUGGGGAGGAGGAGGAAGCCGGGGAGGGUUCGAGUCUUGAUGACCUAAAGACGUAUGAAACCGCUGACCUUCUCCCGUUCCUGGGGCGGACGUGUCUGGACUUGCAAAUUCCCGUGUUGGACGGUGGAAGGGGGGAUACAUCGAGCCUGAGGGUGCAAUGGCGGAUCGCAUUUGACUGGACGGGGGAGGCAAGAAACGAGAUCGGGUUGCUUGUGGGCGUGCCUGGGAAAUGGCAUAAACAUGAUGAGAGAGGGCAGCUGUCCGGCCUCCCGAAGCUGUUUGAUGAAUUGAUACAGGGUGGUGAGGACCCGCUCCCUGCUGUCAGGACUGUAGUAUGUUUACUUGCUGGGGAGCAAAGGUCGUGACCGGAGUCGUCAUGAUCUUAGGAUGGGACACCAUCAGCAUUCGCGUUGCAUUGUUAUGUUGUGGGACGAGGAGUUUUGUUGGAAUACCCGCAGUGUUGAAAUCAGUAUAGUCUUUGCCGCAAGCUCUACCUAGGUCUUCUGGCUGGAUUAGAACCUUGGAGCUUCUAUC